AUGAAGGAGACUAUGGCUGAAGAGAAGAAGGAGUACAAGAAACGGAGAGUUCUCCAGAUGGCCAAAUUUUAUGGUGCGGCCACUUUCACCCUAAUUACUAUGAGGCUAAUCUCCAGGGCCAUAAAAGUACGAAAAUACGUCCCCACCAUGUUCCAACAAAAUUACAAGCCCCCACCAUUUUCUCAAAGGAAUGAAGCCAUGUCUGCGUUAACAUUUGCAUCCGCCGCCUCAAUGGGUACGUUUAGCACGCUGAUAUUCGGAUUCUGCUGGGCAUUUGAUAUUUCAACAGCAAGAGAAUUUGUUUUAAGGACAAGAGAGUUCAUGGGUCUUCCCCAAACUUUAGACACUGAUACGAGCAUGGACGAAGAAACUGCCAAAUUGACAAAGGAGUUGCAAGAUUUACUGUCUGGCGGGAACGACAAGUAG